GUACCAGACAAAGAAACAUUAAAAUUUGCCAGAGUCAUUUCAUAACCUCAUCAAAACUUUCCAACAUCUCUCAAAAGCAAAACAAGAAGCAACAUAAACAUGGGAGCUCUUUCUCAAUUCUUAGCUCACCUUUACACCAUAGUCACUGUCUUGUUCACCAUUUUAAUCCUAGAAUUAGUAAUCCUGGUAAGAUCCAUCACAGGUAACAUCCAAGAAUCCAAGAAGAAGGCCAUAACCACCAAGCAAUACCUCAAAUUAAUUGAAGAAAAAAUCCCGGCUCGCCGGUACAAAAAAACCCGGUUCAUCAUGGACGAUUCCAUUGAAUGUGCAGUUUGUUUGUCCUUGUUUGAAGAAGGAGAAUUCGUCAGGAAGCUGAACUGUAAGCAUAUUUUCCACAAGGAUUGUUUGGACCGGUGGCUACAGCAAGAUUGGGCAACAUGUCCUCUUUGCCGGACAACAGUCUUGCCUGAAGAAAUCAUGAUGAAAUAUAGACAGUUCUUGCAUCGACAGGAGUAUGAAGGAAGUGAUGAAGACCUGAUUUUCUUGAUAUCUGCAUUACAUGGUAAUUAUCUACGCAGGUUUUUGUAGCUCUACUCUACAGAUUUUUGUAUAUAAGAAGAAAGAAGAAUUUGGUAUAGAUCAGUACUGUCUUUUGAGGUAUGUAUCUAAUAAGUUUUACUACUACUUGAAAGAAAGUUUGGUAAAAAUUUCUUAUGCAACAUGACGAAUAGAUGGGUAGAUUUGGUUCUUAAUCUUACAGCCAGAAUUUUUCUGACUAAUUUACCUGAAUAUCAGUAGAAUUUGG